GGAGCAAAAUGUGAAAAAUUUGAGUUCUGUUAGCAUUGGGUUCUUCUCCUCCACAAUAACAAAUUUUCAAAUUUCAGGUGUUUGAUUCAAUUUUCUGCUCCACAAAAACAGUUUGAAUUCUUUCUCUGCAUUCCAAAGAUGCCAAAUCCUCGAAGUCUCCUGCUUUAUCCUCAACGAAUGCCUUUUCCCCUUUCUGGUUUCCUUAAACGGACAUGAAACUCUCACACUGCACACUCUACUCCGCAUGGCCUCGCUCGUCACUUUCCUGCAAUUCCCUUCGCUUUCCUCCUCCCCAAACACCUUCUGCAUCUCGCCAAAACGGUGCCCUCUCAAUUUCAAAGAUCAAAUUUCAGUCAACGUCACUCAGAAGCCCGCCGGCGUAGCCGUCGUUUGGCUAAAGCACGACCUCCGGAUCGACGACCACCCCGCCCUCCUCGCCGCCUCCAACCACUCCGCCGUGGUUCCAAUCUAUGUCUUCGAUCAUCGCAUCAUCUCCCGUUUUCCCGAGAAAAUGCAAGAAACGGUUUUGAUUGCUUUGCAAGAUUUGAGAAGCUCGUUGAAGGAUAAAGGUGCGAACUUGAUGAUUCGGUUGGGGAAUGCCGAAAAUGUGAUUCAAGAGCUUGUAAAAGAGGUUCAGUUUGUUAGUACUGUAUAUGCCGAGGAGGAGGUGGAGUAUGGCUUGAGGAACAUGACUGAUAGUGUCAGGGACACCUUGGUGGCAAUGCGGUCUUCCCCCAACUUUGUGCUGUGGCGGACUCCAUUUUAUGAUGUGAAGAGCUUGAAGGGUAUUCCAGAUUCAUACGAUGAAUUUACCAAACUUAGAUUGCCAGUAACUUUGCCACUAUCGGCCGCAACAUUAACUGAUGGAAACAUGGAAGUGGAUUGGGGUCCUAUCCCCACAUUUAAUGAUUUGAAACAAUUUAUCAAAGAAAAUCCAUGCAAAAUGGAAGAGAGUUGGAAUUCAAUGAAGGAGAUGUGCGCUGAAACGAUUUUGAUGAAGGAGUUUUUGACGCCUGGGCAAAGAAAUCUAAACAACUCGAGUUCUAGACAUGUCCAGUUCCCAUCAAAGAAGCGCAAGAAUUCUAUGUUUGUCACUACAAAGGGAAAUUCUCUGGGAGGGGGGACGAUUAACGCAUUGAAAGCUUUGGUUGCAUACUUGAGAUAUUUGGAGGGAACAGAACGUGAUCACUACUGGUGGAAAAUACAUGAACAGAUGCCCUGUGCUGAAAGUCGGGAUGGAGCUUCAUUUACUACACUCUUUGGUCCUGCCCUUUUUCUUGGCAUCCUAUCCAGAAGAAGAGUAUAUUUUGAAGCUCUCAAGUAUAAGAAAGAACAAGAUUCUGGAUUUCUGUCUCCUUUUGGAUAUUCAUCCGCAACAAUUGCCGCAACUGUUGAUUCGGUGUGCUCAAUGGAGUGGUAUUUGCUUGUUGCUCUAAAAAGUCAGUUAAGUGAUGACAGAAGAUUUUGUAUUCGUAUCUGGAGAUGGAAAGGCUAUCUAAUUCAGUAUACAGUUGUGGGUGAAGAAGGUCCUGCUACUCUUCUGGUUCAUGGUUUUGGAGCCUUCUUGGAGCAUUACCGUGACAACAUACGCGCCAUUGCUGAAGGUGGAAACCGAGUAUGGGCCAUCACACUAUUAGGAUUUGGCAAAUCGGAAAAGCCAAAUAUUGAAUACACUGAACUCAUGUGGGCUGAAAUGCUUAGAGAUUUCAUUAUUGAAGUUGUGGGUGAAUCAGCACAUCUGGUUGGGAACUCAAUUGGUGGUUAUAUUAUUGCAAUUGUCGCUCGUCUUUGGCCUGCUUUGGUCAAAUCUGUGGUUCUUAUCAACAGUGGUGGGAAUGUUAUUCCAGGAUAUUCCUCUGUGUUGUUCGCCAAAGAGAGAAGAACUUCGGGUGCUUCAUGGCUAGGUGCUAAAUUCCUUUUGUUCUACUUAAGGUUGACACUCAAGGACAUAGUGAAGAAUUGCUACCCAUCUAAAACAGAGCGAGUCGACAAUUGGCUUAUUGAUGAAAUGCUAAGAGCAUCAUAUGAUCCCGGGGUAGUAGUGGUCCUUGAAAGCGUUUUUAGCUUCAAUCUCUCAAUCCCUCUUAAUUAUCUCUUGGAUGAAUUCAAGGACAAAGUUAUGAUUAUACAGGGGAUGAGAGAUCCAAUAUCGGACUCCAAGUCAACAGUGACUAUGCUUAAAGAGCAUUGUGCUGGGUUCAUCAUCAAGGAGUUGGAUGCCGGUCAUUGCCCGCACGACGAACUGCCCGAUGAAGUGAAUUCAAUUAUUUGUGAAUGGAUAGUGAACCGGAGCAGUAAACUUCCGGCUGUUAGCUUCAAGUAGAUUACGUAAAUUAUCUGUACCGUUUGUUCUUUUUCAUCCAUGUCAAAAUUCAAAUGCAAGUUUCUUGAAAUCAAAUGGCUUUGUUGAUUAUUCUAUAUGCUACAAAAUCCAUGUUGAUGUAUAAGAAAACAUGGUGCUCCAACAUUGCCCGAGCAACGCCAGUGCAAAAUCCCUACGGCUGUAAGGGCGGCUACGCUUGACAUUGUUUCCUACAACAUAAGCACUUCAGCUCCCUCAAUUUCAUUCCUUGUGUUGCUGCUUCAGAACUCAAUGUUCACGACAGCAGCUGUUCACUAUACCUCCUCUCCCAACUUCAUUUUGUCGCAAAGACAGGUGAUAUCAGGAACUAUUCUUCCAUUACAAUCCCUCAAAAUCCCAGCACCCACAAGACUGUUCAACAACAGCGGAUCCUGUCGUUAACGACAUUGGAUCCUCAUGACACAGCUUCUGCCAUAUCGUUGCGGCAAAACAUCUGGUGUACAAGUAGCUAUAAUAACCUGCAAUAAUGUACACUUAUAAGCUGUGAAAACAAACUUGUACACCAUACGAAGGGUACUAUUACUAAUAAUGUUCAAAUUCUUGAUUUGAGGUA